UUCACUGACAAGGCAAGAAGAUAUAUAACCAAGAGACCGUCGACUGUGAGACAGACUCAGUUGUCUCCUCACUCAACAAUAUGAAUGAAACAAAGGGGCCAGAGAACACCACAUCACUGUAUGAGUAUGACCUCCCUUCCACACCCUGUGAGAUGACUGACUCCGGUCCACUGUCCAUCUAUUCUACAGUUUUGCCAAUUCUUCUGUACCUCAUGUUCUGUUUUGGUCUUCUAGGCAAUGCUACCAUUCUUUGGGUUCUCCUGCGCUACAUGAAACUGAAAGCUAUGACGGACAUCUGCCUCUUCAACCUGGCCCUGUCUGACCUUAUACUGGCUCUCUCCCUCCCCCUCUUUGCCUACAAAUCCCACAAUCACCUGGGCUUUUAUCGACUGCCUCUAUGUAAACUGAAAACAGGUGUUUAUCAGUUAGGGUUCUACAGUGGGACAUUGUCUGUGACCUUUAUGAGUAUAGACCGCUACCUAGCCAUCGUUCAUGCCAUGGCAGCCACGCAAGUCCGGACACUUUCCUGCGGAAUUGCAGUGAGCAUCGCUAUAUGGGUUGCAUCUACUGUCAUGGCGCUCCCUCAGGUGUGGUUUGCUGCAGAAGACGAUGACAGCGAUGUAUCAUCCCAUGAAUGCCAAUUGUUCUAUCCGGACAACACAAGCAGAUUGUGGAAGAGUUUGAAAAAUGUCGGAGAGAACACCAUGGGGGUCUUCCUGUGCCUUCCCAUCUUGACCUUCUGUUAUGUGAGAAUCCUUUAUGCCCUGCAGAAAUCCAGGAACUCCAGAAAGAGCAGAGCUGUGAAGCUGAUAUUCAUCAUAGUGUGUGUGUUUGUGGUCUGUUGGGUGCCAUACAAUGUCAUAGUUUUCCUGAAGACACUACAGCUGUUUGACAUCCUUAACAGCUGCGAGGCUUCAAAGACCUUCAACUUUGUGCUGUUUGUUGCUGAGAUUAUUUCACUGGUCCACUGUUGUGUGAAUCCAGUCAUCUAUGCUUUUGUCGGGGAGAAGUUCAGGAUGUCACUUAGAAAAAUGCUGUCCAGAUACCCGUUCCUCAGGAGACUGAGCAGACAGGUUAACAACAAAAGCCAUCACGGGUCUGAAACUGAAACUUCCAACACACACGUGAGAUCGGAUUAAAAAACAAAAACAACAAACAACUUAAUUCUCUCAGCUCAUUUCUUCUUGCUACUGUGCGAUGUGCAUCUGUGCAUGCAGUGUGAUCCAAAUAUAGAAAUCAAUUUGAUGCAUUGUAUUUUAUAAAGGCUUAUAGACUAGAGUGAUUGUGUAUGUGGUACUAUGUGUGCCCGCUUAGCUGUAGUGUAUAAGGUGGUGAGCUUUAAUUUUGUCCGAAAAUGGACAGGGGUGAUUCAUUCUGAAAACUGACAGUGUUUUUUUUUUAAAUCAAAAUAUGGGACCCAGAAUAGAUGCAGAUGGAUGUAACUAUGGGCCACAUAAAAGAACAUUCUCUUACUACUACUAUUCUCUUAACAUUUUCUGAAAUUUCUCUUAAAUUUUGUCUUACAGGAAUAGUUUUAGAAUUUAACAUUGGAUUAAUGAACCACCCAAAUGUUUUGUUACACAUGUGGAUAAGAAAAUAAUUAUUUAUUAGAGAGUGAGCUUCUUGGUUUCAAUUCAUCUAAGCCACAUUUAUGACUCACUUUCAAUAUAUACAGCAUAUACAAUCCAUAGGUCAAGCCUAUAUAGGCUGAAUUAAUUUCAAAUUACAGUAUAUCCUAGGUGAAAUACGAUUAUACAGUAUUUUGUGUAGGCAGAUUAUAUUUAUAUUAGGCCUAAAUAUAUUUUUUAUCUGUUCUUUUACUAAAAUUGGUCUUUCUGUGA